AUGGACGCUUUCAUUUGCGUGAAGAUACACAGUACAGCUUUGGUGAGGUCACCGGCUUGGAACCUUUCCCGUUUCGAUGGCAGACACAGCUGCGUAUCCGGUUGGCGACGCAGCCGCGGACGCCGUACUGCGGAAACGCUUCGACUGUUGCAGGAUGAGGACGCGGUGCCUGAACCGCGGACACAGAAGCAGUCGCCCUUCUCGGGGAUAGCGACUAGUGAGUCGGUGCAAAAUGUAUCCAAGUAUGCGGAGGUUCUGCUCCAAAAGAAUAAGGCACUCCAAAAGUGGUCGGAGAAGAGUCUGGAGCGAGAAAACCCCGGGGCAGGGACGACGCUGCUCGAGGACGUGGCUCACGACGCCACCAACGAGGAAACCUCAGCGCUCAGUGCAGAAGAAUCAAAAUUUGCCCCCAGGGGGAAACGGGGCCGCCGUCCUCAUCGGGAACAGAGGCCCGCUGGUUACUGGAACGCCGACAACGUCGUUCGUGAGGUUCUCGAGUUCGUGCGCUCGCGCCCAAACUCCGGAAACGGACCCCAAUACAUGCCCACUUCGAACGAGCUGCGAGAGGCAAAACGCUCUGAUCUCGUUCGAGCCAUCAUUGUUCACGGGGGCUACGCGAAGGUAGCAGAGCGCUGUGGCCUCCAGCCGCAUCGACGAUCGUUUGGGUACUGGCGCAAGGACUUUAAGAACCUCGAACGAGAGAUUUGGAGUUUUAUAAGAGAACGUGACGGCCCCGAAGCAGUUCCUCGUGAAUUUAGAGGCGAUUCCUCAACAAGGUCACGUAGGAAGAGCACCGCCGAUGCCAGCGCUUCACAGGCGACCCCAAAUGAACCAACGACUCGGCCGCGUAUGCCUACCUACAAUGAGCUCGUAGCAGCAAAGAAGCGGAUUCUUGCUUACGCGAUUGCGGAAAACGGUGGCUUUCUCGAGGUAGCCAGAAGAAUGAACCUGCAGCUCAGCAGCGAUGAGACCCCCUGGCGCGAUCGCGAUGCACUCGUUGCGGAGCUGCUGCGUCUUUUCCCGGACUUGAUGGGAAAACAGAAACGCUUUCCGCGGCAACAGGAUCUCGUUCGACUUGGUCGUUAUGACCUCGACUGGGCCAUUCAUCGUUGGCAUGGCGGUUACACACGACUAGCUGCCGAGCUUGGAUACCUGCGAUCUCGGCUACCGUGCAAGCCGCGAAACUUUUGGUCUGAUGAACGGAAUUUAGAGAAUGAGUUGCGAGCGCUGCUGCAAGCGAACAAUAUGGGUUGGCGGAUGCCGAAUCGAAAGGAGCUCGAGGCUCUCGACAGGCACGACCUGAUCUACGCCAUUCGCAAGUUCGGCGGUUUCCUCACGGUCGCAACGAAACUGGGGCUAUCGCGGGAUGCGCUUACUCAUACGCGGCCUCGAGGGUACUGGUCGGAUUUCGAAAAUCUGCGCACUGAAUUGCAAGCUUUUGUUCAAGAAAAUGGCUAUCCCGGCAUUAUGCCGCGCCUCGAGCAGCUUCGUAUGUACAACCGGGAGGACCUGAUCAAUGCAAUCCAUCGCCACGGCGGAGCAGCGAAUGUGGCACGCCGCUUGCAUCUCUUCUGGUACGGCCCGAAGACUUUCUGGCGCAAGUUCGAAAACCUCGGACAGCGACUGAGGGCAUUUUUGCACAAGUCGCGCUUUUCCCAUGACAAGAUGCCUACACAGCAGGAACUCAUAAGCGCUGGACGUGUGGAUGUGGCGUACGGUGUCCAUCUGCACGGCGGUGUGUAUGAGGUGGCACGGCGCCUUCGACUGCAGGUUCUCGAUCCUCCGCGAGCGCCGUUCUACUGGAACGAUAUCCAGAACGUGGAGACGGAACUCAUUGCUUUUGUUAACAGUGCAGUUCACGCCGCAUGGAUACAGAACGGUGUCAUGCCCACGAGCAUGACCAUCGUUCGAAGUGGGCGGCGUGAUCUCGCUGCCGCUAUCCGACGUCAUGGUGGAUGGGAUGCGUUUGCUCGCCGUUUGAACCUGCGCCCAGCCGCACCCAAGCGCCCGAAAGGCUACUGGAAUACCCUGCGCAACGUGGAAGCAGAGUUGCUGCUCUACGUACAACAACGCGAACAAGUGAUUGCAGAGUUCGUGCGAAACUACGCUGCGGACUUUGUACGUCGCCCAGGAGACGACGAAGACGACCCUGACGCAGCAGGAAAAAUAGCAUAUUCCGAUGUUUCUGAAAUCCUCGCUGGGAACGUCGGCAACAAGCGCUGUCGCACUGUCGUGGGUGCGAUACGCAACGGUGCGUACGUACCAGUGAUGCCCACCGCUGAGGAACUUCGCCUCGACGGACGUGCAGACCUUGUUUUCGCCUGUGAACGCAUUCAUGGCGGGCUUGCUACUGUUGCCCGCGGUCUCGGGUGGCCACUACUCGCGGAGCGACUACCCCCUGAGUCGUUGAAGAAGGAUCGCAACGUUCUCGUUCAGGCGCUGAUGACCAUGUGGAUACCGAUUUACGGGACUGCAGGUGAGAUGCCCACUGAGGCAGAUCUGUUACGAACCGGUGGAAUCGACAUCCAUGAGGCUAUUGUUUGCCAUGGCGGCUACGUAGAGGUUGCACGCUCCUUGAAUUUACGCCAUCCGGAGGAUCCAGAAUGGACCGAUUGGUCUGCGAAACGCUUCUCAAAGCAGCGCAUGUCGCGGCCUUUGCAACCGCGAUCGAAGAAGGGCUCCAAAGCAUCUCCAGAAACGAGCGGUGAUUCUGCUGAUGAGGUCUGA